AUGAAAGCGCGGAACAGUUUUGGGUUUGGCCAGAACCUUGGGUCAGUUUUGCACUCUCCUGUGGAAGCUAGGCAAGUACAUGCUCCAGACAAGUCAUUGGCGACGUACGUGUCGUUCGUGGGGAGUUUCGACCACAGGACCGAGCUGGACAGGAACAUCAAACGAGAGGAUCCGCGGUACAAUCCCGCGCUCGUGAUAAUGGCGGCUAAACUUUCGUACGAGAGCAGAAGUUACAUUGAAACAGUUGCCAAUCAGCAGUGGCAGGUUGGAGUUAAGGCAUCAAAUGUCCAAAUGUUGCCAACCGGUACUAGAUUGAUGUCGUGGGAAUCUUACAAGGAACAUAUGAAUUCUCUUGAAGAUAGCUGGAGGAUGACGGCUCAUGGGCUCUUAGAGCAGAUCAAUGUCACUGGAGAUACUAGCUAGUCACUCUCUGUGGUACAUGACCA